AUGUCCGUCAACAGCUCCCUCACUUACGCACUUCGGUGCUUCUACUACGCCUGCCGCACCACGCUGCUCUUCGUGGUGGAGAUGCUUCUAUUCCUGCCAUCUUACUAUCUUGUGGAACGGCACGACGCACCGAGCGCGUGGCUGGGACGCCGCGGAGAGGCGCAAGUGCAGCCGGUGCUGCCCGCAGCCUAUAAAUACCAGAAGGCGGAGGAGCGCGACAAGUCGAACUAUAGCGAGAGCGCGAACAUUGUGCCGGUGGGCACAGGCGGACCGCCGCUGGACAGCAGUGCGCGGGAAGUGGAAGACAACCGCUGCAUCCUCUCGCGUAAGUCUGUGAGCCGCAUUCGAUCCCUUCACAUAUCAACCGUGUCGUCGUCGUGGUGGUCGCCACAGGUGCUGCGUUCCGUGGACCCUUCCUCGGCCACGCACUCACCUGAAACCCCGCACCUGCGUCAGCAGAAACAGCACCAGUCGCUCUUGCGCAGCUUCUAUGGUCAUCCGCAGGCGGCGCUUCCGCAAAGCAGAUACGAUGGCAUUGGUGGAGAUGACGACAUGAACGGUUCCGUGGGGUCGUGGUCCAACUACACAAUAGGCGCCACGCCGGUUGCGGCCACCCUAAAUCGCCCCUUCUCUUUGCCCAUCGCAGAGGUUUCUGGCUGGCGCGACGGCACCUCAGGUGGCGAACUGAUUCCUAUCAGCCUCCAGAGCAGCCCCAUGCAGCGGUCUCAGCGCCUUCAGGGGCAGCGAGGCGCUCAUCAACGCCCCCACGGCGGUGGCGUCGACGAAGAGGAGGCUGCUUGCACCAGCUUCAACGGGUUUCUGAGCGCCACGGCACGCGAUGCUGCGGAUAUCGAAUAUCAGCAACCAUGCGUGACGGACACGUUCUUCGAUGGCCUGGCGGUGAGCGUGUUGGUCUCCGCUCAAGAACAGCAGCAGCAGCAGGAUCGUCUCGCAGCGGUGCGCAAGCGCGUUGGCAUCGCCGAGGCGGAAGGCCUGUUCGCCCGGUUGGGUCACCGACAGUGUGGGGCUGCUUCACGAAGAGCCGCAGCUCGGACCUCGUCCACACCGGCGUGUGUCGCUGCGGCUCGAGAGCGCAUGCGUGCCACGGUGCCGGUGUGGUGCACCGUCGUCUUCCACUCCCCCACACCACAAUCGUCCGCCCGCGGACGCGUGAUGGAGAACGCGUCAUCGCCUUUUCGAGGCCAGUACGGAUUUCUGCCGCCCUGGUAUGCUGUGCACGCCCGCGCGCAGUUGUUGUUGGCGCUAGUGGACCCGCUACUGCGCAUUGCGGCGGAGCUGCUCUGGUGCAGAGGUUGGGGAACGCUGACGGCAUCGUCUGCGGCGCAAACAGAGGCUUUAGGUGAGCCGGGUAGCAUUAUCACACCUUCGGCAACGGCUGCGUCGCCCGAACAUCAACGCCUGCGUCAGCAUUGCACUCGCGCACCCCCACUACCUCCCUGGCCGAUGCGCGGAUCAUGGCAAGACGCCGGUGUCUUUCUUCUUGGGCCGCUUUUCUUGUGCUUCCGUGUACUGCGCAGCCUCUUUUACGCGAUCGUGGGCCCGCCGGGUGCGACGGCACCGCUCGACUACUCGACGUGCAUGAGCGCAUCGCCAACCUCGCGCAGCGCCGCUGGCGGCGGCGGUGCCUGGCAUCCUUUCCGCUGUUUCGAGACUGCUGUGCAAGCUCGCAUGGAUCGCUACACCACGGACACGCGCCACAUAUUCGAGCCACUGCACAAAAACGCGACGGCGACGACGACGACGGUAUCGUUUGCCGCGGCAACGGCCCGCGCGGGAAGCAGCAUCACACCUGCACCGCAUGCUUUUUCAAAGCCGACGACGUCAAGUGCGAAGGCCGCUGGAGCGGCACGGCCACAGGGUCACGCAGCCUCUUUGCCUCAUCCCGCAUUCCCCGCCUCGGCACCUGCCCCGGCGUGCCGGAAGUCGGUGGGGGUGUACUGGCUGCAUGGCCGCCGGCCGCCAAUCUGGUCCGCUGCUCCAGCUGAUGAUCCGUCCACCACAUCGGCAGCGCAGCCGCCAUCUCCCGCACCGGUGGUGGUGCUGCUGCUAUGCCCUUCUCUCCUGCAAGGGAGCGGGCUGUACCAGCACACCGUAACGCGUCUCAGUUGUGUGUGUCAGCUGCUGACCCUCGCUGGUGCGUGGCAGGCAUCGUUCGCCACAGACGAUGCAGCAGCCGACCGCAUGUUUCUUCCCAGCUCGCGUGGCACGGCAACGACGAGGAAUGCGACACAGAAUCGCGACGGCUCGACGGAUAGAGAAAAUACUGUGCAGAUCCCCGCGGCAGGCGCGGAGAAGGCGUACAAGCCUGUGAUGCUUAGUACCAGCAGCUGCGAAGACGGAAGCAUUCGUGGCAGCGGGGCGGAGGUCAACGGCCAACCGUCGCCGCCGGCAACUUCGUCAUCGCUGCCGUCGGCUGCACGGCCUGCCGCCAGGCCCGCCACGCAGUGGUACGCGGCUGUGCCUGUUGUGGAGCUUCGAGUUCCUGCGACUUCGCCGGAGCGCACCGACGACGUCUCAAUGCCUCCGCUGACGCUGAAGGACGUGCGACACAUUGUUGAGCGGCUGCGGAGCAACCUGGAGUCGUGCACGCCGCCCGCAGCAAACCUCCCAGUGCCUUGCGCAUCUACCGCGACCGGUCGUUCGGCUCGCCCCGAUCUGUUUGGUCACGCGCCGUCGCCAGACGCCGCUGCUGAGGUGUCCGCUGACCCGCGUCCACGACGCGCGGUGUACAUUGUGGCGGUUGGCUGGUCGGAAGCGGCGAGCCCGCUUUUGGAGCUAGCCAUCACACAGCAGCAGCCGCAGACGUCGACAGGCAGCGGCCGCAGCACCGAGGACGAGAAUGGCGGCGGCUCUGGUGAGCAGUCCCCGGCGCGUCUUGACGGCCUUGUGUGCAUCUCGCAUACGCUUUCGUCCGCCUUCCAGCUUCUCCCGCAGCAGCGUGCAGAGGGGCUGGCGCUUCAGCGGUCCACGCGGGCUACGUCAUCGACGACAGGAUUCACUCGAGGUGUGGCACAUGCGGGCACCAGCACCGCGAGCAGCGGCGGGGCUUUGAACACCAUAGUCGCUCCUGCCGGCUCGCCCCCACUGUUGACGGCGAGGCUGCAGGCUGCGUCGCGCAUGCCGCGCAUCCUGUCGAGUCUCACCACCGGGCCGGCGCGACUGCUUGUCCUGCUGACACGAAUGCAGCUCAUCGCCGAUGCACUGCUCGCCCACCGGCAGCAUCAGGAGCAGUGGCAGGGCAGCGGGUUGGCUGCUGUGGGCAACGCGAGGAUUCUACGAACAGCGGGAGAGCUCCACUACGCAGAUGUGCACGCGCCAAGGCAACCCGAGUACAUGGCCCACAAGCGAGCUGGCGCGCCGCCGUUGCAGGCGGGCCCCGAGCCAAUGCCUGACAUCUCCUUCUAUCACAUUCUCCAUGUUUUUCGUGAGGCUCGCGAGGAGGUGAACCGGGCACAGCGCGGCCUGGAUAGAGCCACCAUCACGUGGACCCACCAGCAGCAGCAGCAGCAGACCCGAUCGGCGCAACGAAGCUCCUUCCUUGACUGUAUCUCCUCCAUGAGCGCUGGCAACUUAUUUGCCCUCACGUCGAAAGCGACAGAAGGCGAUGUCGACCCGCGCAUCACGCGCGCGGCAGCAGCAGCAGCACAGCAGCACUCGCAAUCGACGCUCCCGCAGUCGCACUCGCUGUCACCCUCACCUGCCUCCGCGCGUACAGCUUCCGUGCCGGGCUCGAUGACGAAUGCGCUGCGGCAGCACGCCCUUAGUACAGCGCCAUUCUCUAAGCUCGUGCGCAUCAUCUCACCACCGGAUUUGACUGCCUCGAUGCCUCUGAUGGCGUCGUCCAGUAGUGUGGCAGCUGUGAGCGACGCUUUAGGAGAGGCCAAUGCACUUGCUGCACCAACCGCUACCUCUCCUGGUAGAAGCGGCUGUGUGCUGUCAUCGUUGACUGUCGACCAAGAUUCGCUGCACUCGCAUGACCAGACGCAGACGCUUUCGUUUAGUCACCACUACAGCUACGGAUCGCCGUUGAUCAUGCACCAGGAUCUCGUGCGGGAGUCGUCGGCGCUGUGGGGCAUGCCGCGCCUCGAGAGCGUCACCGACUGGGAGGAGCUGGCGAAGUCCGCGAUUAUGGUGGAGGCCCAGCAGCAGCAGCAGCGUCUCGAGGCAGCAAACGCGACAGCGAAUGAUCUGGCCCCACCUCUUUCCCUCGACCCUCCAACGCUGCUCGACUGUAGUGGCCGGCGCCACUUUCUCUCCCCCUCAUGGGCGGAAGGGGAAGGAGAGCGGUUCUCAGCGAGCGACUCCCUCGCCGCCACAUCGUCUUCCUUCGUCGGCAAGCCGCUGCGGUGCGCCCGCUCGCACAUGUCUACCGAAGAUGUAGUGGCCUCCUGUACGCUGCAGGUGCUGUCCCCGACGGCUAGGCAGGUGGCCCGCCUGCCUGGAAGCGGUGCUGUAGGAACCCCGCAAACAGCAGCCGCAACCCGCGGCGUCGCCUCCGCCUGCAACAGAGACAAGCGCAGCGGCCUUGUAAGCCACGCCAAGGAAGCCAGCACCGCAGAUAGGGAGGGCGCCCUCCUUGUUAGUGCGGCUACGAUGAGGCCAAGCUUGCUGCAUCCCGAUGUAACAAGUCCCCGCGAUUCCGGUGACAGAGGAAGCGCGGCGCCGUCAUUCGCGAGCGAACAGCUCGCCAGUGAGGCGUUCCGCAGCUUCGACGCGGCGCCGGCGCCAUCGGCGCUGGUUGCCGCCUCAGCUGACGAUGGCGCCGGCAACUUGUGUAUGGUCGGCGCAGAGGGUAAAGGGUGCAGCGCCGCGUCUCCGAAUGUACUACCUUCUUUAAAGGAGGCAGCGUUGUACGCCCCCGAAAGGUCAGUGAAGUCGCCGGUGUCGCGCUAUGAUGCACAGCACAGCUUGUCGCAGCCGUCGUUUUCCGCGUCGACGCCGCUGCCACAGCCGCAGCAGCCCAUGCCGUACCCGCCACCUUCGCGGUUGCCGGCGCUCUCCUCGCAAGCUGCUGCGUUAGUGGAGUUGCGGGUGCGCUCGGCUCAGCACGCAGCCCUCAUUCAGCGCAUCCGCGUUCCGACGCUGCUCGUGCACGCUAGCGAUGACUCCGUCGCCCCGACGUCGACGCUUCCCUUUUCGCUUCUGCAGGCAAACCCGUGGAUAACGACAGUGUUGACGCGACGUGGCAGCCACGCCGUCUUCAUGGAGGGUGCCUCGGAGGUGUGGCGGCGGCCACGGUUGGUGGUGACGGAGCGGGCACGCCCAGCGGACACGACGCUGACCGCCUCUAGCGCUGCCGUGGCGGAGGGUAUGGUGUACUGGCCAGGUAGUGGACUCGACGAGGUCGGCAGUGCUCGAGGCGCGAGGGACGGGCCCCACUGGAAAACGCCGACGGCACCUUCGAGUCCACGCGGUGACAAGGUCGUGUCACCUCCGGCGGCGGCCACGAGCCAACAAUCACCCGCGCUCAUGGCCGCUGCGCAUUCGAAAAUGCCGUCUCCUUGGGCACAGAACGCGAAAGCGAAACGCGUGCGCAGCAACGGCACGAGCAGCUCUAGCACCAGCGUCAGCAACUCCUGCUGCACCGAUGACUUCGACGACGACGGCGACACUGUUUCCAGCGCCAUCGUUGAGUGGCUCCCUGUGAUAGACGAAGAUGUCGAUGGCAAGCGGCACACAGGCAAACGCCAGUCCACCGCAUCCCUGAGACGCCCGCCGAAAGAACAGCAACGCCUGGCCGCUGCCACCACGUCGACGUGGUGGCAGGUUCGGAUCGAUGGCACAACGUGGCUGGAGCGACUCCUUUUCGAGUACGUGGAAAAGGUUAUCGUGUGCCCGCCGGCGGCCUCCUCCCCGAUCGGCUGA